AUGCAAAAUCGCAUAAUUACUCGAUCCAGUGCUGCUGUUGCCGUCGCUGCCAGCGGUGCUGCUUUUGCUGGUGCCACUGCUGCCAGCGUUGCUGCUGUUGCUGCUGCCACUGCUGCCAAUGGCGCUGCUGUUGCUGUUGCUGCCAGUGGCACUGUUGUUGCUGUUGCUGCUGCCACUGCUGCUGCUGGUCCUGCUGUCGUUGUAGUGACGCAGCUCUACGAUGCCCAGAACGUUGUCUUCUUUCCAUCAGAUGCUGCCGGCUACAAUACACUCACAGGUGGUCUUCUGCAAAAGUCUAUCAGCAGUCAGGGAUGGGUAAGUCGUGUACGAAGGGAGAAUGGUUUAAGCGGACUGGUACUCGACAUGUGCCAAAUGGAUGUGUUCAUGCAUCCUCUAGCUAGCGGGCUUGCGACAUUGCGAACGUGA